CAGUGCCUCGUCUCAAAUAAUUUUUCUUUUUCAAUUCACUUUUCGAUUUCUUCUUCGAUUUCUCAUGGGGAUUUCUCCCAUUGGAAAUUUCCUCUUAAUCUCCUUUUGGAUUCAUUCUAUGGGGAUUUGUACUUAUGCAAUUGUUAUCUGUUUCUUUCUUUCGAAAUCUUGUUGAGAAAGUAAAUUGGUCCUAAAUUGUUUCAAGUGGUGCAAGCAAGCCACGAUUUCAUCUACGAAAUCAAUCCUUGGUCCAAUCAAUAUCCUAGAGCUCUCAAUUUAUGGAGAAAUUAAGCAGAGGAAGCUUUUCUUAGGCUCAAAUGGAUGGUUAAUUAAGUUUCCGAUCUAUCUUUCAAAAGCAAGGUGAUGUGGCUGAAUAGAUGGGGAGGUGUUGAUUGGCGAGUGCGAGGGGCGAUUGUCCCUAGCACUGCUCUAUUUUCUGGAUAUUAUCACGUUCUGCAUCACAAAAUAUCAAUUAUAAUGUAACGUGAUAACUAACUUAGUGUUAUAUGAUAACUCUAUGUGGUUCAGGUUGUUAUCAUUAAUUUAAUUAAUUAAUUUUUUAAAA